GUGGUUCAGAUAUAUAAGAUCAGCUUUCUAUGGCCCGGAGUUUUCUUUAUGGAGUCCAUCAAAGCCCUUGUUCAAGAGAUCAAGGAUGAGAUGUUUUCGUCUGUCCAUCUCUACUCCCUUGUGUCCCCUUCUGCAUAUGAUACGGCAUGGUUGGCCUUGAUCUCGCACCCUCAACAUCCUAACUGUCCAAUGUUCAGUAAAUGUGUGGACUGGAUACUCAGCAAUCAGAGGAAGGAAGGGUUCUGGGGAGAGCCAGGACAUUGCAAUGUCCCUGCCAUAGACUGCCUCUCUGCAACCCUGGCUUGCAUGGUCGCACUCCACAGAUGGAACAUCGGGUCCACCAACAUAAAGCUAGGUUCGUCAUUCAUUCAUGGAAAUACAGAGAAGCUGCUUAAAGAGUUCAAUGGUUGUUAUCCUCGUUGGUUUGCUAUUGUUUUUCCGGGUAUGAUCGAGCUUGCAAGGACAACAGGCUUAAAUGUUUUUCCUGAUGGGUUGGCAGAGGUGGUGAAAAAUAUUUUCAGAGAAAGGCAAACGAUUCUUGAAAUGGAAGAUUGUUUCGAAUGUGUUAAUUAUCCGAUCUUAUCAUAUAUGGAAGUAUUGCCGACAACAUAUGAUGUAAGUCCAGAGCAAAUACUAAAGCAACAAAGCAAAGAUGGGUCCUUGUUUCAAUCGCCGUCUGCCACGGCGCAUGCUUUCAUGGUCACAGGAAAUAAAGGUUGUAUGGACUAUCUGGAAUCCAUGGUUCAAAGAUGUGGGUAUGGAGUUCCUCCAAUGUAUCCAGUUGACGAAGAACUCAUUAAGCUUUCGAUGGUCAAUCAAUUGGAAAGAUUAGGUUUGAGAGAGCAUUUCUUGGAGGAGAUUGAAGAGGUUUUGAGUCUCACUUAUAGGGAUUGGAUAAAGCAAGAACAUGAGGCCAUAAGCGCUCAGGUCGUUCCACUGCAGAUGUACAAAGAUUCUUUGGCAUUUAGACUCUUGCGGAUGCAUGGCUAUCGUUUAUCUCCUCGAAGAUUUUGUUGGUUUCUUCAACAUAAGAGCAUCGUAUCGCAUAUGGAAGAGAACUGCGAAUGUUUCCUGAGUGUGAUGUUAAACAUCCACCGAGCUACCGAUCUUAUGUUUGUAGGUGAAAAUGAGCUUGAGGAAGUCCGAACGUUCUCAAGAAGACUUUUAGAGAAUGGAAUGUCAAUGAAAAAUACGAAGGAUACCGUUGUUACGUUCAAUAUUCAAAGAGAGAUUGAGCACGAGUUGAAGCUGCCAUGGCUCGCCCGGUUGGAUCACCUUGAGCAUAGGAUGAACAUUGAAGGAACUGAAACCCACUAUCUGUGGAUGGGAAAGGCCGCUUAUUAUCGGUUACGGUGCCUAAAUAAUGCGGUAUUGCUACGACUGGCAAAGGCAAACUACACUUUUCGUCAAUCAAAUUUCAAGACUGAAUUGGAAGAGAUGAAAAGGUGGUCCAAGGACUCGGGUCUUCGUGACAUCGGCUUCGGACGAGAGAAAACUAGCUACUGCUACUUUGCUGCGGCUUGCAUUGUAUACCAUCCAGGGCUUUCCAAUGUACGGAUGACGCUCGCUAAGACUGGCACACUUGUUACUGUUGUUGAUGAUUUCUUUGACACGAAGGGCUCAUUAGAUGAGUUGAAUAAUCUCACAAAAGCUGUUCAAAGAUGGGAGGUUGGGGACCUAAGUUACCACAGCAAAAACAUCUUUGAAGCGCUUAAUGAUCUUAUCAAUGAUAUUGCGGCGAAAUGCUUGGAUCAACACGGGCAUGAUAUAGUGAAAGAUCUCCGAGAAUUGUGGUACGAAACAUUUGUGUCAUGGAUAAAGGAAGCUGAAUGGAGCAGAAUGCGAGUUGUGCCAUCCGUGGAUGAGUAUAUUGAAACAGGCAUGAUAUCUAUUGCUGCACAUACAAUGACUCUUUCAGCAUCUUAUUUGGCGAGUCCGGGGUUAACUUCUUACUUGAAGUGGUACUCACACACUGAACUUGUCACAAAACUACUCAUGGUUUCCACUCGGCUAUUGAAUGAUAUACAAAGCUAUGAGAAGGAAAAUGAGGAAGGGAAGAUGAAUCUAGUCUUGCUAUACUUGAAGGAGAAUCCAGAAGCAAACAUCGAGGACUCGAUCAAGUUUAUUAGAAGGAUACUUGAUAAGAAGAAGAAAGAGUUACUGGAACAUGUUCUGGUGGAUGGCGUCAGCGACAUGCCGAAAUCAUGCAAACAACUCCAUCUCUCUGUGUUAAAAGUAUUCCAAAUGUUCUUCAACUCCAGUAAUGACUUCGAUUCUCCUACGCAGUUGCUUGAUAACAUCAACAAAGCUAUUUAUGACCUUUUAACUGUCCAAUUUUAGUUCACAAUGUUGCCACAAUAUUGUUCAGCACUGCUUUUGUUCAAAGAAGGGAAAUUCAAGAAUUAUAUUUGUGGAUGGAGUGAUUGCAUUGAGAUAAAUACAUGGGGUGUAGGAAUUUCAUA